ACACCGUAUAUCUCGACCACGCCGGCGCAACACAGUAUCCUUAGUCACUCAUUGAUGCUUGUGCCUUUGAUUUCAAAGCCCAUCUGUAUGGAAACCCACGUUUCGAGGCAGACUCUUCGUAGCGGAGCUCAGACAGUAUCAGCGCAGCCCGGCUCAAGCUGCUCGAGUAUUUCAAUGCUUCCCCUGAGCUUUUUGACACCGUAUUCGUUGCCAAUGCCACGGCUGCCGUCAAACUCGUCGCUGAAGCCUUCCCAGAUC